AUGAGGUGUCUAUCCUGGAAUUUUCGUGGGAUUCGUAGGCCCACGACGGAGAGAACCCUUCGGGGUUUAAUCCAUGAUACGGAUGCGGAAGCUGUCUUUCUUGCUGAAACAAAGGUUGGUCUUGAUGAUAUGUAUGCUUUUAUGAAUCGGUUGGGUUUUUUAAAUGUGAUUGGUAUUCCUUCUGUGGGAAUUGGGGGGGGCUUUUGUCUUGCUUGGAGACAGGCGGGUUUGAUUGAGGUUCAGCAUAUUUUUGAAACGGGGUUCCAUGUUAUCAUUCCGGAGAUGCACGGUCUACCGAAGUGGCCUUUGUUCUGUAUCUAUGGAACUCCCUAUGUGGAGAAAAAGGAGGAGUUUUGGAAGUGGUUGACGGACACGGUUGCAGACUGCGGGGAGCCAUGGGUGGUGAUAGGUGAUCUUAAUGUCAUUUUGGAUGAAUCCGAGAAGAGGGGGGGUAGGAAAUUCUUGCCCCGUGAGGGGACUUUCUUGUGUAAUUUCUUGGAUGAUACGGGGGGUGUUGAUCUGGGUUUCCAAGGGGUUCGAUGUACCUGGCAGAAUGCGAGAAAAGGGAUCAAAAAUGUUCGGAAGCGCCUUGAUAGGGGCUUAGUUGAUUCCUCAUGGUGCAUUAACUUUCCUAAUGCUAAAGUUAUAAAUCUUCCUAUCCUUGGAUCGGAUCACUCUCCAAUUCUUUUGAUGGAUAGAGGCGAGUAG